AUGUCACAGACAAGUACGGAAGUACGAGACAAGGCCAGCCGUGAAGGCUCUGCUGUCCCAAGCAGCGACGACCUCAGACCUGAGGCGACUUCAGCAGCCCAACCGCCUCCCGCUCCCACGUAUCCAACAGGCUUCACAUUUGCCCUUACAUUAUUCGCUCUCUUCAUUUCCCUCUUCUGCGUUGCAUUGGACAGCACGAUCAUUGCAACGGCCAUCCCACGAAUUACCGACCAGUUCCAAGCUCUGCAGGAUGUGGGCUGGUAUGGGUCAUCAUAUUUGCUCACCAAGUGUGCCUUCCAGCUGCCUUUUGGCAAAACAUUCCGUUUCUUCAGUCUAAAAUGGACUUUCCUCGCAGCGUUGCUGAUAUUUGAGGUCGGGUCUGUCCUCUGUGCAGCUGCCCAGUCAUCAGCAAUGCUGAUCGUUGGCCGAACAAUUGCUGGCAUUGGGUGCGCUGGUAUCUCCAGCGGUGGUCUCAUCAUCAUCGCAAACAUCACUCCAAUGGAGAAACGAGCCACGUACCAGAGCCUGUACGGUGGCAUAUUUGGCAUCGCCUCUGUUGUUGGCCCGCUGGUCGGAGGCGCUUUUACGGACAAGGUCUCGUGGCGUUGGUGCUUUUAUAUCAACCUCCCUCUUGGCGCAGUCUCGGCCGCCUUCAUCAUCCUGUGCCUCCAUCUGCCGCCGAAGCCCAACCCUCUCAAAGACCAGGGCGUUCUUGGCCUGCUGUGGAAUCUCGACCCAAUUGGGUUUGUCUUGUUUGUCCCCAGCAUAAUAUGUCUUCUGUUCGCCCUACAGUGGGGAGGGACGACAUAUGCAUGGAACAGCGCGCAGAUGAUUGCAUUAUUUGUUGUAUUUGGCACCACUGUCAUUGCUUUCGUCGGUAGCCAGGCCUGGCUAGGCGAGCAAGGAACUGUACCGCCCCGUAUUGCAAAACAACGAACAAUCUUCGCCUCAAGUCUUUUCACCUUCUGCCUUGCGGGCACCUUCUUCCUCCUCAGCUACUUCAUCCCCAUCUACUUCCAAGCCAUCAAGGGCAAGACAGCCCUGCAGUCUGGUAUCGAUACCAUCCCCUUGAUCCUUCCCAACGUCAUCGGUAUCCUCUUCGCUGGCUUCGGCACGAGCAAGAUCGGCUACUACGUCCCCUUCAUCUACCUCGCAGUAAUCAUCGCCCCGAUCGGGGCUGGGCUCCUGACAACCCUCAGCCCGGACACCAGCACGGCUAAGUGGGUCGGCUACCAGAUCCUGUUCGGCUUCGGCUCGGGCUGCGGCUUCCAGCUACCCCAGGUCGCGGCGCAGAUCGUGCUCCCACCGCGCGAUAUCCCGAUGGGCAUAUCCGUAUCCAUGCUGUUCCAGGGGCUUGGCGGUGCCGUGCUCAUCAGCGCAGCCAACAACGUGCUCAACGACCGGCUGCUGCACUACGUCGACGCCCUCGCUAUCCCUGGCGUCAACGGCAUGGACGUCAUCAACGCUGGCGCCACGGAAUUCCGCCACAUAGUCCCUGCUGAGCACAUCGGCGAGGUCAUCGACGUCUAUAACUUGGCUCUCAGAAAGGCCUUCCAGAUUGCAUUGAUAAUGGCGUGCUUGAGUGCUCUCCCCGCCGCUUUGCUUGAGUGGAAGAGUGUUAAGAAGGGCAGCCCUGGCUCGGCAGUGCCCAAGCCUGAGGCGAAAUUACCAUCGCCUGCUAGCAGUGAUGUAGAAAAGGGCUCGUCUUAG